AUGCAACGAAGAGCUUCCUACACGGGGGUGCCAACAUACCGCCAGGGUUACGUAUCGCCCUCUGGUACGAAAGUGCAGUACAGCAACGAUUGGGUGAAGUUCCACGCACUCGAAGGAGAUGGACUGCGAACACUUCUCUACAUGCAUCUCUGGAAGAAGAAUAAGGGCAGCGAGAGUGCGCUGAAGAGUGUGCGACUACCCGAUACCGUUGUGUAUGAGCACAACUUUCCGCGAGCAUGGUAUACAUAUGAUGCCGAGUCAAAGGAGAUCAAUAAACAUCCAGGUAGGAUGCUAGAUGCACAGUCUAUUUAUCAGCACUUCAGUCAAACACAGAAUGGAUGUGAUGUGGUGGCACAAUUUCUUACAACGUGUGUUCCACAAGAUGGUAGUGAAUCUACAGAAGAGUCUCUUCUUACAUAUAUGGAAUAUUUCACAGCGGAAACACUACGUGAAUUUCUAUUUGGUCAUACUCGAAAACCUGAUGGAAUUCUACAAAAGUUUGUUAUUCCUAAAGGUGAAACCACAACGAGGAGAAAUGCACAACUGCAAGUGAUGUGGUCUCCUCUUAUGACUGUAGUGUAUAAACGGACAAGUAAGCAUAAAUUGGAUGAUGCUCAAGUUCCAAUUCAUGUUCGUUCAGCCACAUUUGAUGGGGAUUGUAAUUUAAGUGAACUUACUCUUGUUGCAGAUGAAUCCAAAGGCAGACUAGAGCGUAUCUGCCGUGAAGUGGUGGAUCAUGUUUACUUUACAGACCGCAAACUUAUCACUCGAAUGGUAUUAAAUUUUAAAGUGGAUGAUGCAAAUCGGGUAUGGUUGCUUUGGUGCAGUUCACUACGUGUUUCUGGUGAUAGUUUAAAUCCUCGAAAUUUGCGUGUUCCUUUAAUGCUUUCCAUGCGUACGGAAAUAUUAAACGAUGGAUCAUCCACGAAGGAUCGUAGUAUGAAACGCCGUGAACGCCAGCAGCGGUUGCUGGUGAUGGACAAACAACUCUUUGAAUUCUCACGCGACUACGAAUUUGGAUAUUACUGCAACUCUUCACAUGUGCGUGAGUGUAAGCGGCUCGCCCUCACGCCCAAGGCGGAGACCCGCGCUGGGGACUCCCCCCGCCGCGGCCCCCCGCACCCGCUGCACGACGCCAUGCGGUAUCUGAUCGCCCCCACGCCACUCCCGACGGGCCCCGAGGCCGCAGCGAGCAGCAGUGGAACGGCCCCGCAGCAGCCGCCGCUCUUAACUCCACAGAAACAUCACACAGGGAAGAGGGAAGAACCGCAAAACAACAUAGAAGAACGUAUUAAAAACGAACUGACCGCCAUGGCACUAGAUGCGUGGUAUAGUGUUUACUCCUCCACACUAUCGGAAAGUCCGGACAGCAUGCCAACUCGUAUGGUGGCACUCGCCGAGCCGCUUGUGGUGGUGCUGAAGCCAAAAGAACUUGCUCGACUUCUCGAUAUUCUUGGACUAGAGAAGCCAGAAGCAGUCUCAACUCCAUCACCAUCACCAUCACCACCACCACCAACAACAACAACAACACAAGAAGAAAAAAAGCAAGAUGAUGAUAAACAAGUAGAAGAACAGAAUGAAAAACCCCAGCAGCCUGAAGUAAGCUUGGCUCUUAGGACUGUUACAAUGAAACGAGGGGUCGACUUUGGAAGCGGACGACGUUUAGAUCGUCCACUCAUAAACGCUGAGCGUGAUGUAAGAGAGUUAUUUGAAGAAAUAUUUUCUUCCAGAGAGGAAGAGAUUGUGAAGCACUGUCUUUCCAAUAAACGUUGGAUAUGGUGA